UCCGAUUCUUCGGCAGCAGCUGUGAAACAACACCCGCACUUGAAACUGCAACUUGCUCCUUUAUACGAACUGUAACCCUCAGCGGCCAGCCGUGAAUUACUAACCUUAGCAGGGACAUCAACACCUAUUUCACCUUCAAACUGCUUAUGGAGGACGCCGUUGCGAUUUGAACGGCCCGUCCCAAUUGACACUUCGGGAUCCCCAAAAUCAGUACCACUUGCCCACAGCCAGAAUGUCAGAGAGCGACAAGUACGAGGUAUUAGAAAAGAUUGGCCAUGGCUCGUUUGGCGUCAUCCGAAAGGUGCGGCGCAAGGCCGACGGCAUGAUUCUCUGCCGGAAGGAGAUCAGCUACCUGAAGAUGUCGCAGAAGGAGCGUGAACAGCUCCACGCCGAGUUCCAGAUCCUGUCGACCCUGCGCCAUCCCAACAUCGUCGGCUACUACCACCGCGAGCACCUGAAGGCCACCCAAGACCUGCACCUUUACAUGGAGUACUGUGGGAACGGGGAUCUCGGGCGUGUCAUUCGAAACCUUCAAGAAAAGAACCAGUACGCUGAGGAGGCCUUCGUCUGGAGCAUCUUUUCUCAGCUCGUCACGGCGUUAUACCGCUGUCACUAUGGCGUCGACCCGCCCGAGGUGGGCAAGACGGUGCUCGGGCUGGGCACAACGGCGAGACCGAAACCGCCGGCAGGGGGGAUGACAAUCCUACACCGCGACUUGAAGCCCGAGAAUGUGUUCCUUGGCGAGGACAACUCUGUGAAGCUGGGGGACUUUGGCCUCUCCAAAGUGAUGCAAUCCCAUGAUUUUGCCUCGACAUAUGUGGGAACGCCCUUCUACAUGUCCCCCGAGAUCUGCGCGGCGGAGAAGUACACACUCAAGUCUGACAUCUGGUCGCUGGGCUGCAUCAUCUACGAGCUCUGCGCACGGGAGCCGCCGUUCAACGCCAAGACCCACUUCCAGCUGGUCCAGAAGAUCAAGGAGGGCAAGAUCGCGCCGCUGCCCGCCAUAUACUCGGCCGAGCUCUUUGCUGUCAUCAAGGACUGCCUGCGGGUGAACCCGGACAGGAGGCCGGACACCGCAAUGCUGCUCAAUCUGCCGGUGGUGCGACUAAUGCGCAAGGAAAAGGAGGUUGUUGAUUUCAGCAAGACACUCAAGGCGAAGGAAGAGUCGCUUAACAGGCGCAUCCGGGAACUCGACCAGAAGCUGUCAGCACUCGACCAGGACAAGCUGUCCAUGCGCCAAGAGAUCGAUUCAUCUCUCCGAAGAGAGUGGGAGGUCAAGGCACGGCUCGAGAUCGACAGGCUGGUUUCCCUGGAGAUUGAGCAGCUUCAGAGAAAGUUUGAGCAUGAGGUCCAGAUGCGGGUGGAAGUGGAGCUGCAGAACAGGAAGGCAACGACGCGCAACGAGGAGGAGAGGCAAGAGUUAUCAUCCUCGCUCUCCAAGUCCGAUCAUCCACAUUCUUCCAUUGGAAGCGCCGAUAGCGAGUUCCCUUCGACAACCGAUAUCUCGGAAUUUUCAGUGGAGUCGCCGGAAAUGCACCCGCUCAAGAAGAGCGCUCGCACCCCGUUCACGCGAGCCCAAACAAUGUUUGCUAUGGGCCCUGUUGGCACGCCAAUGGACAUUGAGAUGGCCUCGCCGUCACCCAUUACGAUUGCGUCGCUGUCACUCUCGCCUCGCCGCCACGCCGCCGCCAAACCGCCAACGCUGAACCCGACCAACAUCUUUGAAGCCAACCACACGGCCGGAGAGUCGCGCUGGGAUUCGGUGCCCGAUCCCGUCGGCUCCGACUCGGACUCUGAUGAUGAAAUCAAUAUCCCAUCGCCAACUCGGAUGAUCAAGUCAAGAAAGAACCCCUUCAUGUCCAAAGGGCGACCUCAGUUGCACGCCCAGAAGUCAAUGCCCACCCAUCGCCUGCAGUCUAAGCAGUCGCAGGCGUUCCAGGGCAAGACCAUACCCGUGGCCGCCUCGAACCCCGAUUUGCAAACCGCCGUUAGGACCGUCGGAAGCAACGGCGUGCUGCAGGACCGGAGUAACAGCCCCAACCGCCGCCUGAGCAAAAUCCCCUCCGCCGCCAACCUCAAACACAAUAACAGCGGUGGCAGCAGCAGCGAUGGCCCCUCGGCCCCACUGAACCGCAAACCCUCCAUGGGCAAGAUGGACGGUCGCAACGAGCAGCAGCCGCCAUCUGCCCAGCCGCCCCUCCUCAACAAGGUUCCCGGGCCGGGGAAGAACAACAUUGUCGGCCGGACCCUGGUCGAGCUCCAGCAGGCUCGUGCGGGCGGCCGGCCCCUGAGCGCCGUUUUCAGCGGCGACGCGAACAGCAACACCAUGAUGGUCAACGCGAACGUCAGCCCCGUGCGAGCGUUCAGGGAGCACGCGGCCGCGGCGAAUCGCGGGAGCGGGACCACGAUCAUGUCGGAACCGGCCGCCGUGUGGGAUCCCGAGCGCGAGGAGAUGCCCAGUCCGUUCUUGCGGAGGAAGCCCGUGAGGACUAACUAGCCUCGCGCAGACGAUCUAAAGAUACCCAUUGUUUUUGUUU